AUGGGAGCCAUCGAUCCUGUGCAAAUGACACAGCAGGCACCCCAUCAGGAAAUCUUGUACGUCUCUGGAUGGGCUUGCUCUUCCGUUUUGACCAGCACAAAUGAGGUGUCGCCCGAUUUUGGUGACUAUCCUUACAACACAGUCCCUAAUCAAGUACAACGUCUCUUCAAAGCACAGCAACUACAUGACAGGAAGCACUACGAUGCAAGAAGGAAGAUGUCUGCCGAAGAGAGGAAGACGACGCCAUACACUGACUACCUUCGACCGAUUGUCGCGGAUGGUGAUACUGGACAUGGUGGUCUUUCGGCAGUCUUGAAGCUAGCCAAACUCUUUGCCGAGAAUGGUGCUGCGGCUGUCCACUUCGAGGAUCAAUUGCACGGAGGCAAGAAAUGCGGUCACUUGGCAGGCAAGGUUUUGGUCCCCGUCGGCGAACACAUCAAUCGCCUUGUUGCCACACGCUUCCAGUGGGAUAUGAUGGGUUGUGAAAACCUGGUCAUUGCACGCACAGAUUCAGAGAGCGGCAAACUAUUGAGCAGCGCCAUCGACGCCCGCGACCACGAAUACAUUCUCGGUGUGACAGAGGAUAUCGAGCCUCUGGCAGAGACUCUUCAAGUGAUGGAGAUGAAGGGUGCAAGCGGUGCAGAGAUUGACGCCUACGAGGCCAAAUGGGUCAAGGAGCAUAAAUUGGCUCGAACAUCCGACUCGGACAAGGUCGCAAAAUACGAGAGCGAAAUAUCUGCAAACCGUAACCGACCUCUGAAUAGCCGGCGCCAGCUUGCUGCAUCCAUCGCGGGCUCUCCUGUCCAGUUCAGUUGGGACGUUCCGCGUACGAAAGAGGGCUUCUACCACUACCGCGCCGGACUUCCCGCAGCAACGAAGCGUGCCAUUGAAUUUGCUCCAUUCGCUGAUCUGUUGUGGUUGGAGACUGCAGACCCAAGUGUGAAAAAGGCAGCAGGCUUUGCCAAGGAGAUCAGAGAGGUGCAUCCUGAAAAGAAGCUCGUUUACAACCUCAGCCCUAGCUUCAACUGGAUGGGACACGGUUUCACCGAGGACCAGCUGAAGAAUUUCAUCUGGGAUCUGGGCAAAGAAGNNGGUGAAUUUGUUCUUCAGCUCAUCUCUCUGGCUGGUCUGCACAGUACCGCCACGAUCACCAACGAGCUCGCCAAGGGCUUCAAGACCGAUGGCAUGCUGGCAUAUGUGAAUCUGGUCCAGCGUCGUGAGCGUGAACUUGGUUGCGAUGUACUCACACAUCAGAAAUGGAGCGGUGCAAGUUACCUCGACGGUAUUCUGGGCAGUAUCCAAAGUGGUAGCAGUAGUAGUAAGAGUAUGGGUGAGGGUAACACGGAAGGAAGUUUCUAA